AUGGACGUGUACACGUAUACACAUCGACACGUUUUCAUUGAUCCUUCGUUCUGCACUGGAGAACAGCGAGCUGAUUUUCGUUUCAACUGUAGACGAAAGCUGAAGAAAAAUAAUCAUCAAAUCCGCCCAGAGUCAUUGCCAUCCAUCAGCAUUCGCAACUAUUUUUUCCGAGCUCCACCGCCGUUAGCCCACCCUGUUUGCCAUCCACCAUUCACCAGGAGAAGGAAGACUGCCGUACCCAGCCGCCAAACCGACGCAGAAGAUGCUCGACAAACCACCAGCUUUCACAGGCGUGCCGCUCCGGCCGAGAGGACUGAGCUGGCGCUGCCCACACGGCCCACUGACGCCGCGCCGCGUGCGAAGCUGUACCGUGAGCGCGCGCUCGCUGGACUCGUAUCGAGAAGGCAACCGCUUCGGCAACGAGCGUCGACGCGCGCAGAGCAGCAAGUCGUCCCGCCUUCGUCCCAAGGGCGGGACAAACGACAACGCUGAGGGCCCCCCCAAGCCGCGCCUUCCGCUCGUCAAUGCGCUGUGGAAGUUUAACAUCGCAAGCGUAGAAACGUGUGCCUUUCUGGUGAGAAGCAGGUGUGUACGCGUUAAUGGAAGCGUGGUCAACGAUGCCAAGGCGAAAGUUCAUCGUGUUGACGAUACCAUCUCCGUGAAUGGCAAAGAGUAUGGCACUGUCGCCGCGUUUGAGGAACAGGGAGAAGUUGUCAUUCCGGAGACCAGUACGGAGGUGAUACCGAGGGUGCGGAAGGAUUUCAUGAAUAAUUCGAAGACUGGCAGAAAUCCGGAGGACUUUAAAAAGUAUAAUCGACGUGUUGAUAGAGGUUUUUUCUCGACGCGAAGAUAUAACUCAGGCAAGUAGAUCGCAUUUUUCCGAGACGGGUAUUCUUUGAGUUGAGAGUUUUGAAUGUUCAUAAAAACAUCUUCACCCGGGGGUAUCAAUGGGGAACCGCUUCA